AUGACUGAAGAUUACACUUGGACUUCAAUAAAGGACAAAAAUUUCGUUGGCCAUAUUGAUUUUGUUAAUAUUAAUGGUACUGAGAUUAAAAUUAAUGAAACUGUAACUUUUGAUACUGGUAAUUAUGGAAUCUUUGUCACUCAAGAAGUUUAUAAUGCUAUUAUAGGUUCUUUACCAGAUGAUUCUUUAAAAAAGAACCAUUUGAUUAGUUAUGAUUCAAUCAAAGAUAAAUCAGUAACUGUUGGUAUUUACGGCAAAAACUAUAGUGUUCCAUUAAAAGCCUUUUUUGGACCUGAAUGCGAUCCAGGAGUUAAAUAUUGUGCUAUCACAGUUUAUGUCAAUCGAGCAGGGAAUUGGGGAUCUUCUUUUCAUAGGUUCUUGAAUUUAGCAUUGAAUUAUGAUAAUGGUUCAUAUAUUGGUAUUGCCGGAUGGAAACCAUCAAACACUAAUGAUAUUGUUGCUUUUUAG